UUUUAUUCUUUAAUAAAGAUUUUAUGCACUUGAUUACAAAAACUUUGCUGCAUGCGUGAAUGCAUGUGCACAUGUGUACUCACUUAUUUGACCUUAGUUUGCAGGAGGGGACUGGACGGCCUGUGGCUUCCAAUAAGGCCAUCACCUGCGCAGAGCUUGUCUUGGACGUCUCACCAAAGACACAGCGUGUCAUCCUAAAGAAGAAGGAACCAGGGAAGCGAUCCCAGCUCUGGAGGAUAACGGGCACAGGAAUGCUGGCCCACGAGGGCUCUGCAGUUCCUCACAACCCCAGCAAGCCCUCAGCCACACGCCCCACUGAGGGCUCUGCCAUCCUGGAUAUUGCUGGGCUUGCUGCAGUAACUGACAACAGAUACGAGCCGCUGAUGCUACGAAAGCCUGACCGCAGGCGAAGCACAACCCAGACGUGGAGUUUCCGAGAAGGAAAACUGACCUGUGGCUUGCAUGGGCUGGUUGUCCAGGCCAAAGGAGGACUUUCUGGAUUGUUUGAUGGAGCUGAAGUAGUCCUUGGUCCUGACACAUCUGUGGAACUUUUGGGACCAGUUCCACCUGAGCAACAAUUUAUUAAUCAGAAAAUGAGGCCUGGUUCUGGAGUAUUAUCCAUCAGAGUCAUCCCAGAUGGACCAACCAGAGCACUCCAGAUAACAGAUUUCUGCCUGCGGAAAAGUGACCACUCAUCAUAUGAAGUGGAUGAAUUUCCUGUGACUGACCAAGAGCUGCAGAAACUAAGGAGUCCAGACACAGAACUAGAAUUGGAAGUACUUGUGAGGUUAGAAGGUGGAAUUGGUGUGUCCUUAAUUAAUAAAGUCCCAGAAGAACUGAUCUUUGCAAGUCUUUCAGGAAUCAAUGUCCACUAUACCCAGUUGGCAAGCAGUCACAUGCUUGAACUCAGCAUUCAAGAUGUGCAGGUUGACAAUCAGCUCAUUGGUACCACUCAGCCCUUCAUGCUGUACGUGACCCCUCUGAGCAAUGAGAAUGAGGUCACUGAGACUGGCCCUGCUGUGCAAGUGAAUGCAGUGAAGUUCCCCAGCAAGAGUGCGCUGACCAACAUCUACAAGCACCUGCUGGUCACAGCGCAAAGAUUCACCGUACAGAUUGAGGAGAAGCUGCUGCUCAAGCUGCUAAGUUUCCUUGGCUGCAACCAAGCAGAGCCAGAGGUGGAAAAAUACGAUGAAAACCUCCAUGAAAAGGCAGUCGAGCAGGGUGGAACACCAAUUCGAUACUACUUUGAAAAUCUCAAGAUCAACAUUCCCCAGGUCAAGCUCAGUGUGUUCACCUCCAGCAAGCUGCCAUUGGACCUCAAGGCACUAAAAAGCACCUUAGGGUUCCCACUGAUUCGGUUUGAAGAUGCUGUGAUCAAUCUGGACCCGUUCACUCGAGUCCAUCCCUAUGAGACCAAGGAGUUCAUCAUCAAUGAUGUCCUCAAACAUUUCCAGGAGGAACUCCUCAGCCAGGCAGCUCGAAUCCUGGGAUCAGUAGAUUUUCUUGGCAAUCCCAUGGGCCUUUUGAAUGAUGUUUCUGAAGGAGUUACUGGACUGAUAAAGUAUGGAAAUGUUGGAGGCCUUAUCAGAAAUGUUACACAUGGAGUGUCAAACUCAGCUGCCAAGUUUGCAGGGACAUUAUCAGAUGGCUUAGGGAAGACGAUGGACAAUCGGCAUCAGUCAGAGCGGGAGUACAUCAGGUACCACGCAGCCACAAGUGGGGAGCACCUUGUGGCUGGCAUCCAUGGCCUGGCUCAUGGUAUCAUUGGUGGACUGACCAGUGUUAUAACCUCAACAGUGGAAGGUGUGAAAACAGAAGGGGGUGUCAGCGGCUUCAUAUCUGGCCUUGGCAAAGGACUUGUUGGUACUGUGACCAAGCCAGUGGCAGGCGCUCUGGAUUUUGCAUCUGAAACAGCACAAGCAGUGAGAGAUACAGCCACACUCAGUGGCCCCAGGUCAGUGAUCAUGGGGGGAGUGUGUUUGCCAUUUCUAGCCCAGGUCUGCUGCUUCCUCUAGUCUAUACUAUGCAUAGCCAUAGCUAUUAUGCAUUUUUAAGCUCUUGUAACUGCCUAACAUAAAUGCAUGAAAAUGGAGUAUAAACCUGUAGUGAGAAAGAGAUUAUAUUACAUUGGUUUUUUUCAUUGGAAAGGUCAGAAACAGUAUUAUAUCAUUAUAAGAUUCCCCUGUUCACCAAGCUAAAUAGAUCCCCUUUCCCAUGCCCAUGAAGAACACCAUUAGGUUGUAAGCUGAUGGGGCUAUGCUUCUAGGCCCAUGGUAUAGUUGAAGAAUGUAUGUAAUUGUGUUUUAUCACAGUGUUGUUCCUUCUUAGUUUUCCUUCUACUUGAAAGUGCCAGCCAGGUCCCUACCCCCAUAAAAAGGAACUGUCUCCUCUC